AUCUCACUUUAUUACUCUCUUUCUAGACUCUCUCUCUCUCUCUCUCUCUCUCUUGUUUUUGAGCUUUUGCAGGAUGGUAGUCUAACCCAUGAUUGUGGGUAUGGUGUUGUAGGAAGUAGGAUUAUAAAAUCAUGGUUAGUUCAUGGAUUAGGAGUAGAGAGAGAAAGACUUGGAUCUCGUUUUGUUGGAGUAGCUCAAUCUGAGGUAGAGAGAGAGAACCCUGAGUUGGGUCACUUUUCCAGUUGUGGCUGCAUCUUGGGUAGUUUUUGGAUUUGUAGUGGAAGGCAAGGUUUGUGGCUUUCUUCUGGUCUUGCAUGAAUUGGUAUUCCUUUUUGAGUCGAGAUUAGAGAAGAAGAUAGUAUUCUUUCGUCUAGGUUUAUAGGGUUCAUUGUUUCAGAGAGAGAGAGAGAUUGAAAUUUGAAACUUUAUUUUGAUGGGUUUCCUCUGUAAAUUUGAUGAAAUGUGAAUAAUUGUUCAGAAUUUGAAACCCAAAUGCACAAUUCUUUGAUGGGUUUUCUUUGAGGCUCUUCUUGCUGGUUUCGACUGUAGAACAUGGCGGCCAUGGCUUGCCCUUUACAAGAGAAGCCAGUUCCUUCUCUUAGCUAUGGUGGUCCUCUAGAAAUUGGAGCCCAUGAAGAGCUUGAUUCCCAAUAUCAAAGCUCGAACUUCCUCCAAACGUUACCAGAUGAUGUGCUCGCGGUGAUAUCAAAAUUUCUUUGCCCUAGAGAUGUCUGUAAUCUUAGCUUGUGUUGCAAAAGCCUCACUGGUUUCGCCGUUUCUGAUAAGGUCUGGUUCUCUCAGUGCGAGAGAUUGGGUGCUCUUAAAGCUGAGGAUUUGAUCCUAUGGAGAAAAUCCAUGGCUUCUUAUAAAGCCCUUUGUCGCUUUCUCCUUAGUGUUAGGCCUCUGAUUGGAAUGUGGGUUCAUCAGAACCCAGAGCUUGGGAAUGUGGUGUAUGUCAUGUGGGGCUUUCUCUCUCUAGUCGCUUGUCGCGUAAUUUCUCAAGAACUCGGUCCUCAAGGCUUCAAUAGCCCUCUACUUUGGGCCCCUGUGUUUGAAAUCAUUAGUGAAUCAGAUGGUUCACUGGUUUUCUAUCUUCAUGGUAGAGAGAUAGAUCAGGACUACUUUUAUCCUGGUUCUUUGAAGCCCAUAAACAAAGAUUGUAAUGUUCUUUUACUUGAAGUGGAGCCUAGGAGAGGCGAAAUUCAGGCUUUUGAUCGAAUAACGAAAGGGAAGCUACUGCAGACUAAGAGCUCACUUAACUCAAAUUCCAAUCUUUCGAGAUCGGUUUCUAGAUCAGAGUCCAAAGUUUCGAUAUCACAGAGAGUGGAGGUACAAGAGGCUACUGAGUCAGUUCCCUUUGGUCGAUUAGCAUUUCGAGAGAGGCGUAAAUUGCUUGAGCUUGUCGCAAGUCAAGUGCGAAUGAGAAUUUCUUCUUUUGUUAAUGGACCGUUAUUUCCUGGAUCAAAAGAGUCUUUUAGUAAUGAAGAGGACCCUGAAGCGAGUUUUCAAAGGGAAAUUCUGCAGCUUACUGAACGGAGGUCAAUACUUGUCGAUAUGUAUAAGCUUGGGGAUUCUAGUGACAGAACACCCACCUCAGGGACACAACUUGAUGGCAUCCAAAUGGAUGUUGCCGCUAAGGCACUGUGCCAUACCAUGGAUUCUAAAGAGAUAAAGUUUUCUAGAGAUAGAUUAGGCCUUGAUGUAGGCAGAAGCAUGAUGAACCUCUCCGAAAUGAGCUCUCAUGUCUUGUCUUCAAACAAUUUGCAGAAAACCAAAAAGAGAAGCCUAAAGGCAUAUUUCAAAGAUGGCCUUAAACAGAUAAUUGGAAAGGGAGCUGGGAUGGCUGGAACCUCAGGUCUAAGAUGUAGGGGGAGCUCAAGCAGUGACAACAAGCACACCCAACUUCACAAGUUUCUCUCACUAGGAACUACAAUUGGGCUGUGCUUGCAUGCUUCGACAUUGAAGCUAUCUACUUAUCGAGCAUGGCCUAUUAUGCAUGAUAAUCGAUUUGCUCUCUACAAGCUUCCUGAACCAGUACCUUGUGUGGAUCAGGAGUUUGCAGGCCUUUGGGGUGGGACCUUUGGUUGGCCACCAGGGAUUUUGGCUCAGGAUAAACCAGGAAAAGCCUUGUUUUUCCUCCUGAUUUCUUAUGAGGAGGCAGAAGAGGGGAGACUUCUUAUUGCUACAAAGAUAUUGGAAGGGACCCAUUAUGUGCUUCAUCCUAAUGGGUCUCCAAUGUUUAUAGUGAAGGCUAAUGAGCCUUCUUUCGAUCCAUUUCCAUGGCAAACUUAUGGGGAUUCCCUCUCAGUGGAGAUAGUUCAGGCUUACAGUGGAGAGGGAAUUGCCAAUGGCUAUGGGUUUAGGUACCCUGGGUCCAAGCCAGGCACUUUGUUUGUGACUCAAAAUGGGCUCCUUGCAUUUGUAUGGAAGGAAUCAAAUGCUGUACUAACAUUGCAGAGAUUGGACUUGCAAUCGCUGCUUAGGAAGGGCGAGAGAGUGCCUGCUCUUCCCCCCAUUGCCAACUUUGCUUAUCUCACCAAGUCUUACUCGAAUGUGUUUGCCCCUGGUGGCUCAAAUAAUCUGGUGCCUCUACAAAGGUCAUAGCGGACGAUCGCAGGGUCCAACUUUGGCUCAUUAAGUUUCAAUUUGGUUGCAUCCAUACUCAAAACUCAUUAUGGAUAUGCAGACGAUUGUGCCAUACCGUGGAAAUUCGUUAACAUGCAUGGAAAUAAAUGUUCCUAAUGAGAGAAAAGGUGACCAGCCACUAUUAGAAUGCUUUCCGUUAGAAGUAACUUCUGUAUUUCUUGAGUUUGUCAACCCAUAUUUCAUCAACAUGUGAUCCCGUCUCUUUAUAAAUUCAUGUGGCUAGUACCAUCAUUUGUAACUUAUCUCAUGAAUAGAACAAUUCUUAAUUCUAUUGAGUGAAUGAAAAAUUGGCAUGUGGUCUCUGCAUUUGGCUCAAACA